ACAUCGUUUUGAGUCAGUCUUCAGUGAGGCAGCAGUGAUGGAGGAUCAUGCGGCGCGUAAACUUCCUUUACCAUCACCUCCAUCUUCUUCUUUAUCAUCAUCAUCAUCAUCAUUAUAAUUAUUCUGCUAAUCCAGCCAAUCCCAGUUGAGGAAUAAUGUCAUCGAACAACACCACGGUAGGAGACUACACCUGCGUGCGCUUCUAUGUCUCGACCGUGUCCUUCUCGGUGCUCCUCUUCUUCAACCUCAUCAUCAACUGGACCAUCGUGCGCGUGGAGCAGCUCCGGAGACACGCGCGCUUCGUCCUGGUUUUCUACCUGCUGGUCUCCGCGCUGGUCUACAUGGGAAUGAGCAGCAUCUUCUACCACCAGAUCCACCUGGGCGCGCGCCCCGGCCACUCCGCGUGCCUCGCCAUGAUCACUAUACUCAUCAGCAGCGCGUGUAACAUCCUCCUGACUCUCACAGCGAUGGCUCUGGACCGGUACUGCGCCGUGUGCCACCCCAUGCGCUACACGUCCACGUGCACGGCGGCGCACUGGCCCUGGCUCCUGGGGGUCUUUACUUGGAUCGUGGCUCUGGUUAUUCCUCUCAGCAUUCUCCACGGGGAUUCUCAAGAGGUUUAUAACGGGGAGUGCGGACGGGAGCAACAGAGAAAAGGCAGCCUGCAGAGGAUACUUCUCAUCGCUGUUUGCACGCUGAUCAUCUUGUACAGUUACGUGAGGAUAUUAGUGGAAGGGAGGAGGUUAGGGGUGCUCAACAGGCGCAACCGUGCCGGGUGCAGGACCAUUGCUCUACAUGGGAGCCAAUUGGCGGUUUACAUCCUCCCCAACUUUGUAAGCUUCAUUUUGAGUGUGUUACACAAUCAGAAACUCAUAAAACCGGAGACCAAAGAGCUGUCCGCCGUGGUUGUCUUCGCUUUCUUCAGUUUGGCGCAGUGCGUCGCGCCGGUUGUUUACGGUCUGCGUAAAGAGGAACUCUUGGAGCAUUUGAGCCACAGGUUCCCCUGCUGCGCCCGGUACAUGAAGAGCGUCCUCGGCUGGACUGUGCAAGUGAAUUGGACAAACACGCAGCAGAAAUCACGGUAGGUCACUGUGGGUGCAGUCUUUGGCAUUAGAUCAUCAUUUGGUAAUAAAUACAUAAUUAUCAUAGUUAUAAAAUAGUAGCAUGCAGGGGGGAUGAUGGCUCUGCAACGUGUUUACUGUAGGGGCGUGUCCAGAGGGUGACUGGGCUCCUCAUUAUUACAUCAUCUGUUGUUGACCUGUUUCUGGAGGGACAUUCCAGCGUACAAUUAAGUUAGGGUCAAACACACCGUAACACCGAGUUAGACACCCCGUCGAGAGAUGAGUGUUGCCAACUGCUUGAUUCUCUAGUUAUACCAACUUUAGUAACGGCCGCACGAUAGCAAUACACGGCGGUCUGAGGAGCCAUAAACAAACCUAAACCAAAAAGCCACUCUAUAGCCACAAAUAAUGCUCAGAACAGCACCUAACUUCAUUAACAGUACAUAUAGGGUCCUAGCAAUAGCACUAGCCUUUUUCGUAACGACUGCAACGUCCAUGGCGGACGGCUCCUCUCUCUUCACUGCAGGACAGAAAGAUUCAGAAGAUCUUUUGUACCAUUACUCUUGUGUAAAUAUUAGAUAACUGUAAAUAGUUGAUAACUAUAACUAUGUCUCUAAAAUAGAGACAUAUCAAGUGAGACAACAGACAACUGAAUUUCCCUUUGGGGAUUAAUAAAGUACUUCUUCUUCUUCUUCUUCUUUUAGAUUUGCCUGAUUUCUUUAGCAAAGUGACUGAACACAACUCACCUACUCUCUUCCAGCAGCCACUUGUUUGUAGCGAGACCUCAACCCAGUCCAUUACGGGCUGCUGCGGGGUGAUGCAGCUCAAGGAAGAACAUUUAUGAUCAUUUCUUCAUGGAAAUGCAAUCAGACUGAGACACUUAGGCAGAAGAACUAUCACGUCUGCAGUGCAAAAUGAUUAAUAUGGUGAUUAUUACUUAAAGGAAAUGAUAAAUUAAUGAUCAUAAAUGUUCUUCCUUGAGCUGCGUCACCCCCCUGUAGUCCAUAAUGCACUGGCCUAAGGUCUCGCUACAAACAAGCGGCCGCUGGAAGAGAGUAGGUGAGUUGUGUUUAGUCUCUUUCCAAAAGAAAUUAGGCAAAGUGAAAAAGAUGUUUGAUGGCUAGUGCUAUGGCUAGGACCCAAUAUGUACUGUUGAUGAAGUUAGAUGCUGUUCUGAACAUUAUUUGUGGUGUUUUGGUUGAGGUUUGUUUAUGGCUCCUCAGACCGCUGUGUAUUGCUAUCGUGCGGUUGUUUCUAAAGUUAGAAUAACUAGAGAAGCAAGCGGUCUGCAACAUUCAUCUCUCGACAGGGUGUUAUGGUGUGUUUGACCCUAAAUUAAUUUUAUGCCAGAAUACCCCUUUUAGUGAAUCUUCAUCCUAUUCUUGACUGCUCAACAGUUUGAGGUUUCCUUUGUCAUCAUUUUCUGAUCAUGUUGCAUCAGAUGUUUUUAAUAGGUGACAAACUGGGAGUGCAGGCAGGUUAAAGCAAAGGAUGGCGUAUUCAUGAUCUCCAAAAAGGACGCCAAACACAAAUUAUUUGAAAUCAAAUCCUAAAUAAUCUCAGGCUCUGAGAAGUUGCCCUCAUUUCUGAAUCAUGUUUACAUAAUGUUUCCUUUUUGCACAGAACAUUUGUGACCUACAUUUACAGGUAAAGUGACAAACUGUGGCUGCUCAGUGGCAAAUGUUGUAGAUGUGAUUUUGAGCAUGUGCAGACUUGGACCACAGUCAUGUUUAAAUUUUAAUGCAGCGUCCCUGACGUCAGAAUCAAAAUAAACAAACUGUAAAUUUCUCAUGCUUUAAACAGGAUGGUUACAUUUGCUAAAUAUUGUAGUUUAAAUUUUGUAGUGUAAGUAUCUCUAAUUAGUCGAGACAGUAAUAAUUAACCAUUUACAAAAGCUAUAUUGAUGUAUUUGUGCAUAAAUAUUUUAAGCCACCCCUGGAUAAACUAGGGCUGCCAAAAAUCUGGACACACCCCUGCUCACAUAUCACUAUCAGCUGAUACCAGGUAUCUACGUAUUUGAUAUGUAACAUAAGUAGUGGAAAAACACUGACUAGUGCCAUUUUGCUAGAUUACAGCAUUCUCCACUCAUCACAUAUUCACACAAAAUCUGUUUGUUUGUUUAUUUACACCAGUCAUUACAGCAUCAGAGGCAAUCUGGUGACCAGUAUCAGUAUGUAGUAACAACUUUUGUGGCAUGCUUUUAUGGAACGAGGUUCUGAGUUUUUCAAAACUGACACAGAAUCAGCUCUAAAGCCAGUUUCAGUAAAGACUCAGAUACUGUUCAAAUUAGUAACAGGAAUGGAAAAGUACCCAAGGGGACUCUUCUGGGACUGAGAAGUCUGUAAGCUGUCACGAAUGAGUUCUGGGUGACAUUUAGUUCGGGGUUGCCAGGCUGGGAAAAAUCCCCCUUGCCGUCAUUCAUAAAUGAUCACGAGUUCUCUCUUAAUAAAUGGUCGCCUUGCAGUCUUUCAUUAAUCAAAGCCUCAAUCAGGAGCUUUGUGCCGCUCCAGGGACCUGCAUGACCUGAGUCUCAGUUUUCCAUCAGCAGAAGCUUGUAAAUCACUUUUCUAUAUUUAAUCAAGUUAAUGUUGAUAAAUAGUUUAAAAGGUAAAUAACUUUAAGGACAGACUCUCAGGAAGGGGGUUUAAAGCUCCUAUAGGGAGUUUUUUGAUGACUGUGAAAUUUUCUCAACUAGAAAAAGAAAUAUGAUCUGGUUUAAAUAUAAUUACCAAAAUUACAUUAAGUAACAGAAAUUUUAACUUCCUUUAAAAAAUCUAGGAACUGAAAUGUCUGAGCUCAAAUGUAAACAAUGUCAUGUGAAGUCAUGUGAGAUGUCGAGACAACAGACUUGAAAUGUUAAUUAAGCUUGUUUCCUCCUGUGUAAUUAAUAUCUCUGUUGAACUGUUUUUAACCCUAUGACUACUUCGAGAUUUAUUUUCAGAAUAAGCUCUUCCUCUCUCAUUUAUCGUAAAUGAGAACCUCCUUUAAGGAGGAAGCUUAAAAACAUAAAAAUAAUCUUUCUAAGUGGAGAGCAGUGACUUCCUGUCACCUCUUUUGUCUCUUACCUCACUCUAUAGGUUAAAUAUACAAUAUAUACAAUGUUAAUUCAUAAUAAGGACUCUUCAAGCUAGGCUGUCGUACAGACAUGUCAGCAAACAAAGUGAAUGUACGUAUUUUCUGUUGCAUCCGAUAAUCUCUUGAAUGUGGUGAAUCUAGUCAACACAGGAAAUACACUAUCUUGAUCGCUUGUUACUUCUGCAGCUCUCCGUAAAACAAACCAGAGAACCUGAAGACGAAAUAUACUUAUUUUCUACUUAUUCAACAUGUAUUUUUGAGUUUUUUCACCACAAAAAUGUGACCAAAGUUGGUAAAACAUCACAAAGAGAGGCUGAAUCCAACAGCUAAUAUGAAAGGGGGAUUUUUUUACAAAGUGUGAGUGAUAGCUAGAUUGUAAGAAACGUGUGAAAGCACCUGAUUUACAUUAUGGAGAUCAGCAACUUCUACCACUAUGAAUGAAUAGAGGAGUAAUAAUUCAGUUGUGUUGCAGUAUGCUAGAUGCAAACACAGCUCACGGUUACAUACUUCCCUUUUGAGUGUUCAGAAAAUUAGCAUGAUGGUUAUUUCCCCAAAGUGUCAGAAAGAGUAGAUGACUUACUCACUCAACAUGAAGUGUUUUGAGGUUUUUUUUAACGCUCUGUUUUUCCCUCUCAGAGAGCGGACACUCACAGCCCAGACCAUCAUCUCCCUGGAAGCCCCACAAGCUGCUGAGGAGGAAGAAACACAGCCAAUGUCAGGAGUUCCCCACGAGUCUGACUCAUGACAGGGUGAUGCAAAAAUAACCAGGACAGGAACAUUUGGAUAUACCUGUAUGACUUGUGCUCUCAGCUUGGACCCAGAGGGACUAGGACUGCUGAUUUGGACACAGAUAUCCAGAUCUGUGAGGGUCUUCCUCACCGGAGAGCGUGCAUCUAUUGGACAGAGACAUGUUUUUCUUUACGUUGUUGCUGUGCAGAAGUGCCAAAAAAAAACAAAGACAUGAUGGUUUCAAAAGACGAGGGCACUUCUCUUUUUGUGCAGCGCAUCUGGCCAGAACACAAAUUUAAGCUUCCUCAAGUUACAAUCUGUUAUGACAUCUGAGCCGACAGCAUCCUGGCAGACACUUGGGAUUACAAUCACAUAAAACCUGAGGGAUUUCCUACUUCAACAUAUCACAUAUAUGGUAAAUGUGGUUUGAGUAUGUAAACGACUUUUUUUAUAUUAAAAUUUGUUGAAUUAAACUGAGGCGUGGGAAUGUUUCCAGCACAAGUUUAUCAAAAUGGAUUAAUUCAACCAUCUAUCAAACGUCAGUCUAGGCAAUUAUUGUUUUGAUGAUCUUUCAAAACAAUAAAGUGCAUCUGCAAAGGUUUCUCAGUUGUGCAUACAUGAUACUCACUUGUGUGCACAAGAUAUUUGUCUUGAUGCAUCAAGAGUGAACACUUUCACAUGCAUAUAGAAGACAAACUGAAAGUAAAUGCUUCAUUUUUAGCAGUAUGUAAAUUUUGUGGUUUUCAUGUACAUUCAGGGGUGGCCAUGUUUAACUGAGUUAAAACCAUAGACUAUAUACAGUGGAAAAACAAACCGCAAACUUUCAUGGAGGUGAAGUUACAAUAAACAACUGAGAUCAUGUGGUUGCAUAAGUGUGCACACCCUUUAAUAACUGGGGAUGUGGCUGUGUUCAGAUUUAACCAAUAACAUUCAAACUCAGGUUAAAUUGGAGUCAGCACACACCUGUUAACAAUUUAAGUGCCUCUAAUCAACCCCAAAUAAAGUUCAGCUGUUCUAGUGGG